GACGCGGGGGGGGGCGCAAAACUCCCCGUGGCGACUGGUAGCCAGCGCCAUAUCUCUGCGAGCCCGAGGACUCAGAGGGUUUUGACUUAGCGUUUUGAGCAAUGUCCAACGGUAAAGGGCCUGAGGGGUGAGGCUGUGCCGGCCGGGGCCUCGUCUUCAGGGGGGCAUCCCCCCUCAGCCCUCGAUGGUUCCGUCCGCCCCCCCCACCCAGGACCAGAAGGAGAAAAAGAAGAAGAAAUAAGGGGUCCCGGGGGGCCGACCGAGCCGCCGUGGGAACGAUGAAGGUCUUACUGCUGAAGGACCCCAAAGAGGAGGAUCCCGGACCGGACCCCUAUGUCGCCGAACUGGGGCUCUGGGGACUUGAAGCCACGCUAAUCCCCGUUCUGUCCUUCGAAUUUUUGUCUCUUCACAGUUUCCGCGAAAAGCUUUCCCACCCCGAGGACUACGGGGGACUCAUCUUCACCAGCCCCAGGGCCGUCGAAGCCGUGGGACUGUGCUGGGGCCGGGGCCGGCCGCCCGCCGAGUGGGAAGGAUCGCUGAAGGACCAGUGGAACGCCAAGCCCGUGUACGCGGUGGGGCAGGCCACGGCUUCUCUCGCGGGUCGCAUGGGGCUCGCUCCGCAAGGACAGCACUGCGGAAACGCGGAGAAGCUGGCGGAAUUCAUCUGCUCGCGGGAAGCAGCCGCCCCCACCCCCGCCCCUCUCCUGUUCCCGUGUGGGGCCGUCAAGGGCGAAGCCCUGCCCGCGAUGCUGCGAGACAAAGGGGUGCCGAUGGAGAGCAUCACGGUGUACCGGAAAGCCCCCCGGCCCGGCCUGCGGGAAUCCCUGCGCGGCUACUUCUCCACGCAGGGCGUCCCGGCGAGCAUCACGUUCUUCAGUCCGUCCGGCCUCACCUACACCCUCGAACACCUCCGAGAGUUGUCGGGAGACGCCUUCCGCCAGAUUAAGCUGGCCGCCAUCGGGCCCACCACCGCCAGAGCCAUGGCCGCCGCGGGCCUGCCCGUCAGCUGCUCCGCCCGCGGCCCGACGCCCCGGGACCUGGCCGACGCCAUCGGGGAAGCCCUCCGCACCUAGGGGGCCCCUCCGCCGGGCCCCGGCGGCCCCCGCACCGCCCGGGUCCGAGGGGCUCCCGGCCGGUGCCGCCCGCUCCCUCGCCGCAUCCGUCCCGGCCGUUGUCCCGCGCCAACCCGGGAGGCCGGAGUCCGGACGGAGAGCGCCGGCCGGGCCCCGGCUCCGAGCGGCCCCGUCUUCCUCCCCGGUGGGCGGUCCGGCCCCUCGGCGGGCUUCCUCCUCGCGAAUCCCCACGCGGGCCAGGGUCGGCUGCCCGGAUGCCCCGGGAGGAGGCUGGGGGCCAGAGGGGUCAGGCCUUCCGCCUCGGGUCACCCGGCGGGCCGGGGGAAUCCGGCGGGACCAGAACCCGGUCGGUCUCCCGCGGCCCGCCGUGCGCCCGAUCCCCCGGGCCGGCCCGCCCGCGCCUCGUCAGCGGGGGGCCCGGCGGGGCCGUGUCCGGCCGGGCGGCCGCAACGGUGGACGCGGGCCGACGAGAGCCGCGGGCCUCCCCGCCCACCGGGAGGAGGGGAGCGCCCCACGGCUGUUGACCGACCCGGCGGGGGUGGCCGGUCGGUCCGGGGCCGACGCGUACCCGCGGAAUUCGACGCCUCGGCGCCGGGAGCGGUGCGUGCGCGCGUCGGGGGGGGGGGAGGGUGCCGGCGCUCGGGAGAGCCCGCGCCGGGGGCGGCUUGGCAACGCCUACGCGGGCCGGACACCGAGUGAGAGCGGGCGAUGCCGCCUCUUGGAAUAAACCCCGUCCCCCUC